GCAUCUGUCUCCAGCACCAGACCCCUCUGUUCCCUUUUCCAGACUCCUCUGUCCUCUUGCUGCUCUCUGUGAUAUGAGGGAGCAGACUGUUCUCCUGUACACAGAAGUCACAAUGUUUACUGGGAGAAGAUCCGGUUGCCUCAGGGCUCAGAUCCGCAUCCACAGCGUCCAGGAUCCUACGGGGGAAGAGUGAGGCCUCUGAAAAAUGAAAGUAAUCUGGUUACUAUGGGCAACUCCGCAGCUUCUGCUCUGAACAGGAUUUGAUAAAUCUCCCCCUAUAUCACUACGUCCUGAUGUUUACAGACACAAUAUUCCCGCGCACUUCCUGAGCAGAUGGUCGCAGCGAUGGCCGCAGCCCAAUGGGUGCAAAGUUCUGUGGACACAAGAGAUACGGACUUUAUUGUGGUCAAAGUUCAUGAAUCUGAUUGUUCAGGAUCCCGGAAUUUAUAACCAGCUAUAAAUGACCAAUAAACAUGGAGGAUUCUUCCAAACCCGACCUGGAAUGUGAGUGUCCUGUGUGCUGGAAUCCAUACAACAACACCUCCCGGACCCCCAAACUCCUGAGCUGCCAGCACACCUUUUGCAUGGAGUGCCUCGCCCACCUGAGCUUCACCACCCAGGUGAGGAACCGCCUGCACUGCCCGCUGUGCCGCCAUAUCACAAUGUUACGCCUGGACCAGGUCAUCACGGACCUUCCCACCAACAUGGCCGUCCUCAGCCAACUCAAGCUGGAGCCUGACAAAAAUGGACUCUGUGCCAGAGACUCCCGGAGGCUGAACUUCUUCCACCAUCACCGCCCCCCCUCUGUGUAUACCCUCAAUGUUGGCCAGGACACCGGGUCCUUGUAUGGUCCUCAACAAAGUCAGGUACAGUCACCCCCGACCACUAUACCCUCUGACGACUCUUCCUGGCAGUGUCUGCGGAACCCCCAAUUCCGUAUGUUCUCCUACAUGAUGAUGUCUAUGCUGGUGGUCAGUAUGCUGCUCAUCUUUUCCAUUUUCUGGACUCGUAAGUUACUGUGGGGACCAGGAUGACCCCCCCCCCAGAACACGUGACCCCCACAAAGCGGACUGGUAACUACCGAGAUGUGUUGUCCUAGAUGAUGAUGAUGCAUCAGACAUUGAUAAUCCGAGUAAACGCCAUGAUAAAGGAGACUAAGUCAGUGUUCUUACUAAAUAUUGCACAGUAUAAAGGGUUAAAACGUACCUGUCAUAGUGCAAAAAAAAAGUGUUAUGUUACUCAGUACCUAAACCUGAUCGUGUACAUAUUUUUAUAUGUCUAGGACCUAUAUGUCCCUGACAAAUAGCCUUUAUAUCUUGCUCACUUGCUUUGUGUUCUUGCCUUGUGGAGGGGGCGUGUCCAUCUCUCUCCCUCACUGUGAUGACUCAUCUGCUCUGAGUCUGGGAGCAGCCUGGCAGUCUGCAAAUCACUGCACAGUAGUUUCUAUGCAUACAUUUUUCUAUCUGUUCCUAGUAAAGCUGGAUGCUAAUCAACAUAGCUGUCAUUACGUGUGUCAUUCAGCUUUCAUAGACUCCUGAAUGUCUGAUUAGUUUCUUUGUCAUUCAGGAGUCAGAGAAAGCUUUGGCUGUUCAAGCAUGCUGGGAGUUGUAGUUUUGCAAGAGCUGGAGCUGCAGUGUUUGUAAAGCACUGUGUUAGAGCAGUGUUGCCUUUAGCUGUUGCAAAACUACAACUCCCAGCAUGCCCACGCAUCCUUUGUCUGUAGUUUUGCCAGAGCUGGAAGCUACACAGCUCUAAAACAGAGUUUUACAAAGAUCGUACCCCCAGCAGUUGCCAAACUACAACUCCCAUCAUGGGAGUUGUAGUUCAGGAACAGCUGUAGUGGUGCAAUGGUGAUCUUUUAUACUGGAUACCAACUCACUUUUUGGCCGGUAUCCAGUAUGCUGCAAAAUACAGAGUAGCCUGUCUGCAUAAAGACAGAUGACCCCUAGUCGCAGC